UUUAUGAUGGUCUUUCAUCCCCUAAGCAAUAAAUUUUUUUGGAAAUAUGAGCAUAAUAGUAAUUUUAAUUUAGUUGAUGGAGGUUCUGUUCUUGUUCUAGAAGAUGGCUAUGAUAAUUUAAAAAAAGAUGCAGUAGUUAAUAUUGAGGACAUCCUCGAAGCGUUAGGACUUUUGAAUGUGGAAUAUAUUCGAGAUGGACAAGUCAAUGUUGUUAAGAAAUAUAAAAAUAUACCUGGAGUUGGAAAAGGAGUAAUGAACAUUGAAAAUAUUGUCGGAGCGAUUGCUGAUUGGGAAAUUGGAAAUUCUAAUUCUGGAGUUACUAAUUGGUUGAUCCAAGAAAAGCCUUCGAAUAAUCCCAUCUUUGAACCCCUAUUCGAUGGCCAUGUAAUGGUAAUGUUUUUCAACGGAGAACAAGAGAAGUUUAGACGUGAGUUAUUCUCUAAUUAA